UCAUCUUCAACCCCUCCUCUUCUUCUCACCACUUCUCUCUCUAGAACAUGGAUGUAAACAGAAGAGCCAUGUCGGCGAGGAACACAGUCUCCUAUCUCCAAUGGCUGCUGCCUGCCAUUGGAGAAGCCACACAGCAGCAGGUGGGAAUACAAGGCAGCGUGGUGCAGAGGGGGAAGAUGAUCAAGACGGCUGCUGAUAUGGGGCUCGCCCAAUCCUCAAACGGGCGGCAAUACCACUGGUGCAGGGCCCUCAGGCUGAGGCUCCGGAGUUGCAGGCAGAAGAAGGCGCUGCAAACGAGGAGGCUCAGCAGAAUGCUGGUGAGGAAGAGGAAGCCCAUGGCGUCCCUGAGGAGGAGAAGGGAGAGGUCCCUGCUGUCGUUGAAGGGGAGGGAGAGCGAGAAGGAGGGCAUGGAGAGGAGGGUCAGGGCUCUGAAGAGGCUGGUCCCCGGAGGCGAGGGCAUGGCCUUGGAGAGGCUCUUCGAGGAGGCUGCCGACUACAUAAUGGCUCUCCAGGGACAGGUGACCGCCAUGAAGGCCCUGGCCAGCUUCUUCGACUCUGUAGGCGAUGAGAAGACGAUGAUGAACAGAGAGCCCUGUUAGCUGCAGCUGGGGAUUCUGCUUCUGCUUCUGCUUCUGCCCUGCCUGCCCUUCUUCUUUUCUUUGUUUCUUUCGAGUGUUAAACUAUCGAAGUAAGGAAGGAAGGAAGGAAGGUGAAGGGGAAGAAACCAACCCUUAUUUUUCUUCUUGGUUUCUGCUCUUUCCUCUUCCGCAUGUAAUUUUUUCUUUGUGGGUCUUCUUUUUUACUUCUUUUCUUCUCUUUUUAAUCUUAAUGAGAAGACAUCUGCCUCACCGACGAGGUGUUUUUUCA